AUGGCGACAACAGCAGGUCAGGGCUGGGCCCAGCUGAGACAACAGGCGCGGUCAUUAGAGUCCCAGACCGAGACAUCUCUGCAAACAUACGCGCAGUUCUCAACGCAAACAAACAUCCCACCAAAGCCGACAGAAGAAGAGAAGAACGCAGAGGCCAAACGCGAGACCGUCAUCGGCCAGCUAGGCCGCCUCCUCGACUCGGAAGCGACCCUCACCUCAUCCGCGCUCAAACAGAACAACCUAGCUCUGCUCCGCGACAAGCUGUCCGAGCACCGCCGCGACCUCGCCCGGCUACGUACCACGCUCCAAGAGGCGCGCGACCGCGCCAACCUGCUCGGCAGCGUGCGCGACGACAUCUCGGCCUACCGGGCGGCCAACCCGGCAGCGGCCGAGGCCGAGUACAUGCUGGACGAGCGGGCGCGGCUGGACCGCAGCCAUGACGUGGCCGACAGCGUGCUGAGCCAGGCGUACGCGGUGCAGGACAGCUUCACGCUGCAGCGCGAGACGCUAGCCAACAUCAACCGGCGCAUCACCCUAGCGGCGAGCCAGGUUCCCGGUAUCAAUACCCUGAUUGGCCGGAUAUCGGCCAAGAAGAGGCGAGAUGGAAUCAUCAUGGGGUCGUUUAUUGCUUUGUGCUUUUUGGUGUUUUGGUUCUUCUUGUGA